AUGGAUCCAUGCCCCUUUGUGCGCCUCAUGGUUGAAUCUCUCGCUCUAAAGCUUCCAUCGCCAACAAAACCCGCACCAGUUUCCGGUGUUCACCCAUCAACCACUCCAUGCUUCUGCAAAAUUCGCAUUAAGACUUUCCCUUCCCACACUGCACUCCUUCCUCUCUCUUCUUCCAACUCCAACUCUGCUCCCGAUUCAACUACCUCCUCCCCCGCCUUCCACCUUGACUCCGCCGCUCUCCGCCGUCUCUCCGGCAAGCCACUCACUCUCACCGUCUCCGUGUACAACGGCCGCAUGGGCCGCACCUGUGGGGUCCGCAGCGCCAAGCUUCUGGGCCGUGUUGUGGUCACCGUUGACUUGCUCACUGCGGUCUCUCGCUCCAACACGUUCCAUAAUGGGUGGCUCAAGCUUGGGAAGAACGAUAAACCGGCCCAGCUUCACCUUCUGGUCCGGUCUGAACCCGAUCCACGGUUCGUCUUUCAGUUCGGAGGCGAACCGGAGUGUAGCCCCGUGGUUUUCCAGAUUCAGGGGAAUAUCAGCCAACCCGUUUUCAGCUGCAAAUUCUGUGCUGAUCGCAACUACAGAUCCCGGUCUCUUCCAUCAAGUUCUACAAACAAUCCUAGUAGAUGGAGAAGAUCCUUCUCAGGUGACAGAGAACGUCAAGGCAGGGAUAGAAAGGGUUGGAUGAUCAUGAUUCAUGAUCUCUCUGGCUCACCCGUUGCUGCAGCCUCCAUGAUAACUCCAUUUGUUCCUUCCCCUGGUUCAGAUCGCGUUUCCCGAUCAAACCCUGGUGCCUGGCUCAUUCUUCGCCCUAAUGGAGCCUCCGUGAGUAGCUGGAAGCCAUGGGGUCGUCUGGAGGCAUGGCGAGAAAGAGGUCCUGUCGAUGGCUUGGGCUACAAGGUUGAGCUUUUUUCUGACAAUGGACCUGCCAACGUAAUACCCAUUGCUCAAGGCACAGUGAGUGUCAAAAAGGGUGGCCAGUUCUGCAUUGAUUACAAAGUGAUGAAGGAUUCUGGAUUGGGUUCAAGAUUACCAGGUGAAGGGUUUGUGAUGGGUUCAACUUUGGACGGUGAAGGCAAAGUUAGUAAACCUGUUGUACAAGUUGGGGCACAGCAUGUGACAUGCAUGAGUGAUGCUGCUCUUUUCAUUGCGCUCUCUGCUGCUAUUGACCUUAGCAUGGAUGCUUGCAUGCUUUUCUCGCAUAAACUUAGAAAGGAGCUUUGCCAUGAUGAACAAGAUUCCUUUUCAUAA